AUGGGGUUUGGAAGUGACCUGAAGUAUUCUCAUGAUGCUUUGUUAAAAUUGCAAGAUUGGGAGUUACGACUACUGGAAACUGUGAAGAAAUUUAUGGCCAUGCGAGUAAAAAGUGACAAAGAAUAUGCAUCCACUUUACAGAAUCUUUGUAAUCAAGUUGAUAAAGAGAGUACUUCCCAACUGGAUUAUAUUAGCAAUGUAUCCAAGUCUUGGCUGCUUAUGGUACAGCAGACAGAGCAACUUAGCAGGAUAAUGAAGACACAUGCAGAAGAUCUUAACUCUGGGCCACUACAUAGACUUACAAUGAUGAUCAAAGACAAGCAACAAGUAAAGAAGAGUUACAUAGGUGUUCAUCAGCAAAUUGAGGCAGAGAUGUUCAAGGUCACAAAGACAGAACUGGAGAAAUUAAAAUCUAGUUACAGACAAUUAAUAAAAGAAGUUAACUCUGCCAAAGAGAAGUAUAAAGAAGCUGUGGCUAAAGGAAAGGACACUGAAAAAGCUAAAGAUCGUUAUGAUAAAGCCACUAUGAAACUUCACAUGCUGCAUAAUCAAUAUGUGUUGGCAUUGAAGGGAGCACAGUUACAUCAGCACCAGUACUAUGACACUAUGCUUCCUCUGUUACUUGAUUCGUUACAGAAGAUGCAAGAAGAAAUGGUUAAAGCACUAAAAGGAAUCCUUGAUGAAUACAGUCAGAUCACCAGUCUUGUAACAGAAGAGAUAGUGAAUGUUCAUAAAGAGAUCCAGACUUCUGUUGAACAGAUAGACCCUAACUCAGAGUACAAUUGCUUCAUAGAGGCUCACAGGUCACCAGAGAAUGUAGAACAAGAAAUAGUGUUUGAUACAUCUUUACUGGAAGAAAAUGAAAAUCUUCAAGCUAAUGAGAUCAUGUGGAAUAACUUAACAGCAGAAAGCUUGCAAGGAAUGUUGAAAACAAUAGUAGAAGAAUUGAUUCAGACACAGCAGAUGCUUUUGAACAAAGAGGAACUUCUGUUGGAACUAGAAAAGAAAAUAGAAGAAUCUUCUAAGACCUGUGAAAAAAAAUCAGACAUUGUGCUUUUGCUGAGCCAGAAGCAAGCACUAGAAGAACUCAAGCAAACAGUUCAGCAAUUAAGAUGCACGGAGGCAAAAUUUACAGCCCAGAAAGAACUUCUAGAGCAAAAAGUUCAGGAGAAUGAUGGAAAAGAGCCACCUCCAGUAGUAAAUUAUGAAGAAGAUGACAGAUCAGUCACUUCUAUGGAUAAGAAGGAUAAGGUGUCCAGGUUUGAUACUAUUCGUCACUCCAUCGCUGGAAUGAUAAGAUCUCCAAAAUCCAUGCUGGGCUCUUCAUCAUUCUUUGAUGUAAUAUCAACCAGCGAGAAACCAUUGGCUGAGCAAGAUUGGUAUCAUGGUGCAAUUCCACGAAUAGAAGCCCAGGAGCUGUUAAAGCAGCAAGGAGACUUCCUGGUGCGAGAGAGCCACGGGAAACCUGGUGAAUAUGUCCUUUCUGUGUUUUCAGAUGGACAACGGAGACACUUUAUCAUACAAUAUGCUGAUAAUCAGUACCGAUUUGAAGGAACUGGGUUUCCAACUAUUCCUCAGCUUAUAGACCAUCAUUACACAACAAAACAAGUAAUUACGAAGAAAUCAGGUGUAGUUCUGCUGAAUCCUGUUGUUAAGGAUAAGAAAUGGGUUCUCAAUCAUGAAGAUGUCACACUGGGAGAAUUACUGGGCAAAGGUAAUUUUGGUGAAGUAUAUAAGGGAACAUUAAAGGAUAAAACUCCUGUUGCUGUAAAAACUUGUAAAGAAGACCUUCCUCAGGAACUGAAAAUAAAAUUUUUAUCAGAGGCCAGAAUACUCAAGCAAUAUGACCAUCCCAAUAUUGUCAAGCUAAUAGGAGUUUGCACUCAAAGGCAGCCUAUUUAUAUAGUUAUGGAACUUAUUCCAGGAGGUGAUUUCCUCUCCUUUUUAAGAAAGAAGAAGGAUGAGCUAAAAACCAAACAGUUAGUGAAAUUUUCAUUAGAUGCUGCUGCUGGUAUGGCGUAUCUCGAGUCUAAAAACUGUAUACACAGGGACCUUGCUGCAAGGAACUGCCUGGUAGGUGAAAAUAAUGUUCUGAAGAUCAGUGACUUUGGAAUGUCUCGUCAAGAGGAUGAUGGGGUAUAUUCAUCUUCAGGCUUAAAGCAGAUUCCUAUCAAAUGGACUGCUCCAGAGGCACUCAACUAUGGGAGAUACACUUCUGAAAGUGAUGUAUGGAGCUUUGGGAUCCUUCUUUGGGAGACCUUCAGUCUAGGCGUAUGUCCAUACCCUGGAAUGACCAACCAACAAGCACGGGAACAAGUGGAGAAAGGAUAUCGAAUGUCAGCACCUCAAAAGUGCCCAGAGGAAAUAUAUAAAAUAAUGCAGAGAUGCUGGGACUACAAACCAGAAAACCGACCAAAAUUCAGCGAGAUUCAGAAAGAACUAUCUUCAAUCAAAAAGAAAGUGACAUAGUGAUAAAGUAGUGCCAAACUCAACCUACAGAACUCUGUUUUUCAACAAAGUAAUAUUUUCCCCUCAAACACUGUGCGUUUAUACCACAUUAUCUGCAAUAUUCUUCUAGGGUUACUUUUUAAAAUUAACUCUUUUUUUAUAUAUGUGUGUGCGUGCGCGCGUCAUCUUGGAAAAUGUCUAAGCAUACAUUAAAGAGAGACGAUUCUGCCAAAUGUUAUAUAUCUAGUCACAUUAACACUGUCAUUUAGGAUACAUGUAAAUAGAACAUCACAUACUGUAGAUUUAAAGGACUAUGACUCCUAUCGAUUUUACAGUGAUAAACUGCUAGUGACAUUUUUCUAACGGUUUUCUACUUUAUGCUGCAUUCUUAAUUUGCUAUCUCAGUUGCAGUUAUCAACCAGUGGCACUAAAACACGGUGGCUGUGCCAUGUUUCUGAAGACUUUAAAUCUGAGGACCACAAUUUUUUAAUAGUAUUUCAAUUAGGAACUUUAAACCAUUUCUGCAACUGAUAUUUUAAAUGAUAUAUUGCUUUAAGAAAGAACAUCAGUUAAGAUUCUGGAUGUGCAUGUAUUCUUUUUAAACAAAGAAAUCCAUAAUUUUUUUGUAGAAUAAUAUUCACAUCAUUUACAAACGCAUCCUUAGAUUUCUUACAGUUGCUCUCAUCAUAGUAAAUAUGUUCAACUUUGGACAUUACUUGCUACUUUUUUACCUGUGAAAAAUUAAGUAGUUUAUCAGGAAUCUUUAUGCACAAAUCUCCUUUGAUAGGCUAGGUUUUUUCUAAAAGGCCAACAUCCAGUCUUGGGUGAUACAUGUUUGUCAGGAAAUACUCCAAAUCAUCUGCCUUUCAAAGUACAAGCAGAAGAAGAAAACCAUUGGUUUUGAAUAUACACAUGUAGAAAAGAGGUCAGCAGGAAGCAAGUUUGAGAACGAGAGUGGCAUGUAAUGAAGGUAACUGGUAGCAUUGAUUUUAGAUGAGUAAAAGAAAGCAAACUGCCAAAUUGGCUUUUGGAGGUUCUCUGAUAGUUUGAUUUUUUUUUUCCAAUUUUCAAAUAAUUGAUAUUCCUUUUCUGCAUGCAGUUGGAGUCAGCAAAAGGACAUGUUUUAAAAGAAUACUUUCCAUGCAUAUUUUCCAAAGAAAAAGGCUACAUCUCACUUGCAGACAGAAAUGCUACCUGUUUUAAACCUCUGGAAGGCUGAACAAGGCAUAGAGUAGAAAUAUUAAUCUAUAGAAAUGUCUUUAGUUGCGUUCAGAUUUGCAUACUCACACUGUCAAGGAGGAAAAGAUUGGUAUAAAAAUAGUAUUCUUAUAGGAAGAAUAAAAGCUAAUCAGUCGUGGGGAGGGAGGGAGCACAAAUAAUUUGUGGCUUGGACCUAUCUCUACAAAAGGCCCUGAUAAGGGUUCCAAACUGCCAUAGAGACCUGUGACUUUAGCAACAAAGUUAUGAUCUGAGAUCCAAAGUUUGGGAGACCUCUCUCUAAUAAUUAUCAAACUGUUAUCAGCUCAAGGUGUGUUAACAAGGAAUUAACUGCCAGACCAAGUGACUAAAACAGAGGAAUAAAAGAAAAACAGCGUUUGGGACUUUUAGUGGCCCUAUUUCUUUUCUUGGGGCUGUAUAAUAUUUUAUUUCUAUUGUGGUGACUCUUCUAUUGUGCAGAGCACAAUUUCUGCUCUUUAAAGUACAUUUAUGGUAGUAUUGAAGGAGAUAGAUGUGUGACUGAAGUAUUUGUAGGCUAUGAGUUUUUCGACCAGUAUCUGUUACAUUAAAUUUAGUGUCCAAAUGAACAGUGAAGCAGCAUACUGGAGAACACUUUUUUCAGUGUAGGUGGACUUGUUAGCACCUGGGUUUGUUCUGGGGGCAAAGGAAACAAAACACACUGGGGAAAAGGAGUAGAAACUGAAAAUAAAGGAAAAAUUAGUGUAAUCCCUUUAUCAUCAUUAUUUCUUUAUGUAAAUACUGUGUACAUUUAAUCAUCACUGUGCUCACACUUGGUCCAAAGAUCUUUGUCUCAAUACCAAUAAGAAACAUUGUUUAGUCAGUUAGCAUUGAUACUAAAUGUUACACAAACAGCGUGCCUUAAUGAGCUGGCAUGCUUGUGUGAAUAAAAGUGCAUGAAAAUGCCAGAAAUGUGCAACGAUAACUCUGGGAAGAAUCCAGAUAAAUCACCCAACUAUAGGUCCUCAUCUAUGCACUCGCUAAUGUCUAAAAGGAAGGACAAGAAUGUAUUUGCUUUUACUUAGAUUAACACACUUUUUUUUUAAUGAAUGAAAGAGACUAUACUAUUUCAAAGGACUGCAUAUGUCCUACCUUUCAACGAGAAAAUAGAACAGUUCUUUUUGUCUUAAUUUGGUAAACAGGACACACAAUUCUGAUUCUUAUGUACAGAGGUAAAAGGACAACAACUGUAUUCAUUUUUCACUUAUCUAAGCAGUUAACAUUUUGCAAUUCACAUCAUACUUCUGUUUAAAUUGAAAAGGCUUUUCAAAACAUGGAACACCUGCAGCAUCUAGAGUAUGUUGUGUUCUUUGUCCUAAAGCAGACAGGAAUUCAAUUCAUGAUUAAUAAUCCUUUGGGAGACUGUCAGGAUGAGUUCAUUGGUAUAGAAUAAAUUUAAUAUAGGCAUAUGUGUUUUUCACAAAAACUUAUUCAAACUGUUUUCUCAGCAUUAAUUCAGUUGCAUUUGUGGCAUAAUUUAUUUGUCCCAUCUGUCACAUGUAAAUUAUUGGAAUUAUGUACUUUAGGAAGUUACGUCAAUAUCAGAUACAUGUCUAUAACUACUUUUCUUAACUUUGCAAGUUUAUGGCAGGGGAGACUACAAAAAUGUACAAAGAAAAACCCUUCAAUUUAAUCAACGGAAAACCAAGUAUAGCAUUCAAGAACCAAAUUUGCAGCUAUCUGCCUUCUCUGUAGUCUUGAUGUCUUUUAAAUGAACAUAGGGUUAAAAUCUUAGCAUUGUUAAUGAAUUAAUCGGAUAUUGGAUAGUUAACUUUUUUUUUUACAGUGUUUUGUACAUUUUGUUUAAGAUACAGCAAAAUGAACAGUAUCCUCUUUUGGAAAUUCAGUGUAUUUAAUAGGCUUUGACAUCUGCACUUCCCUAUUUUAUGGGGUUCUAACAGGCUUUGGAAAUGGUUAUAUAUCCAGGAACUACCCCUGUCUUUUAAAAUUCAUAUAACACUUAAUUGUACCCUAAAAUUAAAACCUCUAAGUAUAUCAUAGGAGAUGGAGAGUGAUUUCUCCAGUUAUUGCCAAUUAUUUUCCUCCUUUUCAAGGCAUAAAAGAAUGAAAAGUGCUACUGUCAUAUUUCAUUUAUAAAUUUAAGAGAUUAUUUUAAAGCUAAUAAUGAGUGUACAGUUUCAGUUGUUUACAACAAAACUGAGCAUUUAAAACUAGCCUCAAUGUUUAGUUUUGAAAUCAUCAUCCUGGUUAUUAAGAUUCCCAAAUGUCUGGAGUUCAUGGUUUUAUAGGAAGUACAAUAUUGAGAAACAGCAUGUUUGAAAACAAAACGGAGACCUGUGCCCUCAACAGAUGUGCAAUCUUUUUCUACAGUCUGCAUUUCACAAAAUUGUUUGAGAUUUUUAAUCUAAAAUGAAAAAGUAAACAACAGUGUUUAGCAACUGCAAUCAUUUUGCAUUUUUGUUUCAGAGCUUGAUGUGCAUUUUGUAACUAUGUCACAAAAUCAGCCUCUAUUUUGGAGUGUGGCGUUCGAUGGCUUAACACCACUUUAUAUGCUGUCUGUGUCAGGAAGUACAGUAUCAGAACAGUGCCGUUAACAAAAUAAACCUCAGCCUUUCAUGGGCAGAAAGCAGUUGUAAGAAAACAGGUUACUGUACCUCACUGUUUCCCCUUGGUUUUUCACCCACCCAUGUUUGUUUACGAUGAACUUUGUGCUUAUUCAAAUGCUGCAGAUACACAUCAGUGUAAAGUCAUAUACAUUAUUUAUGGAAUUUUUACUACUACUGUAAUACUAUUAAUCAAAAAUAUUAGCAAGCAGGUGCUUUCCCCCCCCCCUCCCCCCAAAGUUAGAGAAAAGAGCCUCAGCCACAACAUUUUUAGCUGGGUCUAAAGCUUGGAAUUGUUCAGAUCUAAAGCUUAGGCCUGUGCUUUCGCUUUCUCCUCAUUCACGUGAAUUACUGGUGCCAAUAGCACCUUGUCUAUACUGGCCUUUUUUCUGCAAUGUUUCCCACCAGUGGUAGCAAUGGUGGGAGUGCUAAUGUAGGCUGGCUGCCAGCAUUCCUAUCAUCAUAACUUCUGGACCAGCUCUGGACAGGGUCGGACAACAUUGAAGUCUACACUGGCACUCCUGCUGAUAGAGCAGUACCCUGGAAAUAUUUCAGGAGAAAGGCAUGUGUAAAUAAGAUAUGUAAAUUAGCCCUGUGGUUUUAAGAGGUCUUAAUCUGACAUUAUAGCUGGUGAUUGUUAGGAUGGCUAGAUGUCACAGACAGUAAUGGCACAUAAUGUAAAGGAGCAAGAAGAGAGAGAGAGAUGGAUAGAAGAGGAAGGAGUCUCUUUCCAAAAGAAUAACCUUAUUCAUUAGCACUGGAGAAUGCAUUUGUUUGUUACCGUGUCAUUACCCAUUUAGGUAAGCAUGAAAGUUUGCCAUUGAAAUAAAGAGGUCACCUUGUCCAAUUA